AUGGAAGGACAGAGUAGAGGGAGCAGAGGCCUUCUGGAGAAGUCCCUCCCUGCCACCCCCAGUCCCACUCUGUCCUCGCUGGGUGCCGUGUUCAUUCUCCUGAAGUCUGCCCUGGGCGCCGGCCUGCUCAACUUCCCCUGGGCCUUCUACAGGGCAGGAGGCAUGGUGCCCACCUUCCUGGUGGCACUGGUCUCUCUGGUCUUCCUGGUCAGCGGACUGGUCGUCCUGGGGUAUGCAGCCUCUGUCAGUGGCCAGACCACCUACCAGGGUGUGGUCCGUGAGCUGUGUGGAGCUGCCAUGGGGAAGCUGUGUGAGGCCUGCUUCCUGACCAACCUGCUCAUGAUCUCCGUGGCCUUCCUCAGGGUGAUCGGGGACCAGCUGGAGAAGUUGUGUGACUCCCUCCUGCCUGACGUCCCACAGCCCUGGUACGCAGCCCAGCACUUCACCCUGCCCCUGAUCUCCGUGCUGCUCAUCUUUCCCCUGUCAGCACUGAGGGAAAUCGCCUUCCAGAAGUACACCAGCAUCCUAGGUACCCUGGCUGCUUGCUACCUUGCCCUGGUCGUCACGGUGCAGUACUACCUACAGCCUCAGGGCCUCGUGCGCCAGCCUCGUCCUCUGCAGAGCCCGCCUCCCUGGACCUCUGUGUUUAUCGUCUUCCCUACCAUCUGCUUUGGCUUUCAGUGCCACGAGGCCGCCGUGUCCAUCUACUGCAGCAUGCAGAACCAGAGCCUCUCGCACUGGGCCCUGGUCUCUGUGUUGUCCUUGCUGGCCUGCUGCCUGGUCUACUCCCUGACAGGGGUCUAUGGCUUCCUGACCUUCGGGACGGAAGUUUCUGCCGACGUCUUGAUGUCCUACCCGGGCAAUGACACGGCCAUCGUUGUAGCACGUGUUCUCUUCGCCGUCUCCAUCGUGACCGUCUACCCCAUUGUGCUGUUUCUGGGGAGGUCUGUAAUGCAGGACUUUUGGAAAAAGAGCUACUGGGCCACAUGGGGCCCCCCAGUGCUGGCGGACCCCUCAGGGCCAUGGGUUCGGCUACCUCUGACCUUUCUAUGGGUGUCAGUGACACUAGCCAUGGCUCUGUUCCUCCCGGACCUCAGCGAGAUCAUUAGCAUUAUCGGUGGCAUCAGCUCCUUCUUCAUCUUCAUCUUCCCGGGUUUGUGCCUCAUCUGUGCUGUGGACACGGAGCCCAUAGGCCCAAGAGUCAAGUGCUGCCUGGAGGCCUGGGGCACCCUCUCCGUGCUGGUGGGUACCUUCAUCUUUGGGCAGAGCACAGCUGUGGCCGUGGUGGAGCUGCUCUGAGAGGCCUCUGGGCUGACCCGUCACUCCUGCACUCCUGUGGGUUCUCACCAUCACAAAGGUGCUGUCCUACCUGCUGGCCGCCUUCUGAGCGCUGCUCCUCCUGCGGCUCCCGGGGCCCUAGUGAGGAAGGACUGCUGUGACAAGUUACCUCCAGCUGGUGACUCAGGACAGUGGAAGCUCUGCUGCUGAAAGGCAGAGUAUGAGCCAGAGUGUGGAGGGCCGCGCUGCCUCAGAAGGCUCUGGAACGCUCCUCCACUGUCCUCCUCUGGUGGUUGUAGGAGGUCCUUGGUGACCCUGGCUUGUAGAUGUAUCACUCUAGUCUCUGUUCAUAGUCACAGGGUCAAAUCCUGCCCUAUAUGUCUCUGUUCAAGGUUCCCUUUCCCAAGCAGGAUGCCAGUUACCCAGUCUGGGUCUGUCUCCAGUUUGUUGGCACUUGUCUGCUCUGGCUAUUUCUCCUCUUAGUUACUGAAGAUGUGUGUCUUAGUAAUUGUUCUGUUGCUGAACUUAUAGACAAGUUCACUGGUAGUCUACAGUUUCAGAAGGUGAGUCCAUGACCAUGGCAUGGCAGCUGGCGGGCAAGCAUGGUGCUAUAGCAGUGGCUGAGAGCUUGCACCCUUAUCUGCAAGCCCAAGGCAGAGAGGGCACACUGGGAGUGGUGUGAACUUUUGACCAGUGACACACCUCCUCCCCUUAUGAGACCACACCUCCUAAUCCUUCCCCAACAGUGGAGACCAAGCAUUCAAACAUAUGAGCCUGUGGGGGCCAUUUGCAUCCAAACCACCAUAUUCCAGUCCCUGGUCCCAAAGGCUUGGAGCAAUGUCAUAAUGCAAAAUGCAUUCAAAUGUCCCCGUGGUUGGGCUUUGACUUAAGGUUAUGUGAGGAUAUAAUGAAUUUGUGACGCAAGCAUGAGAAUGUCCGAUGUUGCUGUUUCUCGGGAAGUAGACUUGGAAUGCCAACAAAUGUGGGGAGGAACACAGGGAUACUUGUGUGACCUUCCUCAGUUUCUAGAAAAUAGUAAACAAUAUUCUCAUACCUUAGACAUUUUUUCUGAAGACAAACAACAUGGUUGUGGUUCAUAUAACCUUG